AUGUCGAAGGAAAUAACCAAGAAGAGCGAUCGACGUCACCGCCACCACCACCCGAAGAAGAAGAGUGUCGUUGCAGCCCCGUCCCCACUGACUGCUGCUACGUCUUCGAAGACUGGCUUGCCCGAGAUAAGCCCCGAGUCCGCGAGUGGCUUGGUCAGCCCAAUCUCCAGAGAGCUGCAGCCGUCUGUCGACCCCACGCCCGCAUCGCCGCUAAGUGUCAUCACCGGACAGCCAGCGACGUCUUCGGGAAGUGCCACUUCCAAAGAGCCGGCAUCGCCCGGCGGUGGCAGCGGCGGACACCCGGAUCAGGGCAGCCACGUGCCUGUGGCGGCGACGUCAACUUUAUCCGGCGCCACCACCGUGGUGCAAACACCGAAACUGAACGGCGACGGAGAGCAUCGCACCCAGCAGCUACAGUCCGAAGGCGGCACGACGCAGGCGCAGACCGCUGCGAUGCAGAAAGACGUCACUUCGGCGUUGUCCUCCGCGGUCAUUGCAGCCCCGUCGAGCGUCGCCCACACCGAGUCAACUUCGGACAAGGAUCGCGACCAAGGACCUGGGCGAGCACUCACUGGUCACCCGUACGCUGCUCCCACGGAUCAAUUGGAGCCGAGCAAAGGGACCGCCCUGCUGGGAACAACAACAAAAACUGUGGGCAGAACGACUUCGGCGCAUGAGCCGACAGCCGGAGUUGCCGGUCGCGUGCCGCAGCCAAGGGGAGAUGUGAUGCCACAGUCCAAGUUGCCACCAACGAAGGCUACCGCUGCGCAAAACUACCGCGGCGCAAUUGUGUUGGCCAGCUGCGGAGUCCUCGUUCUCAUCGCAAUCCUCGUCAUCUUCCUUUCGAGGUCGCAUCGGCACGUUGAGGGUCAACCGUUGCCUUGCAGCACUGAGGACUGCCGUCGGCACGUCAAGCUGCUCACCAAGAACCUCAACUUGACGCUGAACCCCUGCGAGGACUUCCACGCGUUCGUUUGCUCGGCAGCGCCCUCCACCUCCGAUCGCAGUGAGAACUUCAAGACAGUCGUGGACGGACUACGGCUCUCCUGGUACAACCAACUCAGGGACAUGCUAAUCGGCGGCUCGCUCAAGCUUCCCGUUGGGAGGAAGGCGCUCGCCAUGUACACUUGGUGCCGGGACCAGUACCCGUCCGACGCACCCGAUUUGCCACUUUUCCUCGACUUUCUCAGGGGCCAAGGAAUGAAUUGGCCCGAACCGCCACGUUUACUCGAACCACCGCUCCAAUUCGCCAUCAGGCUUGUCUAUUUGUGGCAUGCCCCGUUUUGGAUGACAGUGAGUGUGCUUGAGGUGCCGGCUCAUACUUCAAGCACGGACCCAAGGCGGCGCGUCCAGAUCCGGCCAAGCAGUAUGGUUCCCGUAUGGUUGCACCAUCACUGGACCGCUAGUCCUGUCUACACUACGUACUGGGAGCACUUCCUCUUACACAUGUAUCCGGACAACAGUACGAGACCCACCGUGAACGAGACUGUUGUAAAAGAGGUUUACGAAAUGGAGGAACGCAUACUCAAGAAGUUGAACUCGUUGUUCGAUUCCGCAUCGCCGAAGCCGAAGGUGUUCUCCUUCGGCGAACUGUCGACGCACGUUCCGAACGCCUCGGCUCCUGAAUGGCUUCGAAGCUUCCAGAAAGCCAUCCCUCUGAGACGGCAGCUCAGCUUCGACGAUGAAAUCGCCGUCAGCGACGACCGCCUUCUCCGGACGGUCAGCGAACUUCUCAGGAAGUACGACGAGAGGCAGCUGAACAUGCACCUGACGUGGCUUUUCGUGCAGUACUACGCUCCCGUGGCAGAUUACCAGAUGCUCGUCGACCACUACGGCAGCAAGCACAACGCCGCGGCGUUUUUGCCAGUGUUCUGCGGCCACCACGUGGAAGACACGUACAAGGUUCUUGUCGUUGCGCUCGACCUCGUCUAUCGGUUCACGGCGCGGGACAUCAAAACCGUAAACGACGGUUUCGCCGACAUGGUAUCGGCGGCCGUCGAAAAGGUCAAUGCUUCAGACUGGAUGGACGAUUUGAGUAAGGCGCGAUUAACCGAGAAGAUCUUCUCUGUGAAGAAGACACUGUGGCCUCCCGACGCUGUCGUGAACGCUGACGUACUGGAGAAGCUGUACACCACUUACCCCGAAAAUACUACAAGUUUCGCUGCCUACUGGAUGGCGUCGAAACGGGCCACCGGGGUGGUGGACGUGACUGGUCAGUACGAGGAGGCAAUGCGGCUGCCUUGGAACACUUUGCCGGCCUACGUCGUGUACGAUUACGUGUCAAACACUAUGGAACUUGCGACUGCCACCAUCGCAGAACCCCUGUACUAUUCGAACGGUGCGAAGGCUAUGUUGUACGGUGGUCUGCUGUUCCUCAUGGCGACUCACGUGGUUCGUGCGUUCGACAGAGAAGGCGUGAGGUGGACGCCCAACGGAACCGAAGUCGACAGCAUCUUGUCCAAUGCGAGCCUUUUCGAGUAUCACGACAGGGAGCGAUGCCUGGACGGCGAUAUAGAGCACAGCGUCUUCCCCGAAGUGCCUGCUGUCGACAUUGCCUACACUGCCAUGAAGCAGUCCCACGUUCGAGACGGUAGCGAGCCCCUGGCGCUGCGCGAUGACCUCUCAGAAGACAAGGCCUUCUUCAUGACGCUCUGCUACAUUUCAUGCGAGAUCACAGGGAAGGAGAGCUCUCGCAAUUUCGACUGUAACAAGGUGGCAAGAAAUUCCAGAGCUUUUGCAAAAGCUUUUCACUGCCCUACGGGAUCUAAAAUGAACCCUGAUAAGAAGUGCAAUUUAUUUGUUACAUGA